UUUACGGGCCCACUUCGUCCAGCGAAACUUACACCGAAGAGAACUGUGCCUCAAUCAAUCGCACGUCCUGACUAUGCUUUCCAUCCGGAAGGAGUCUCAUUCGAGGAGCGACAGGCGAAAUCGAACAGAGAAGUAAAGGUUCUUGAUGAUGAAGAAAAAGAAGGUCUACGGGUGGCUUGUCGCCUCGGAAGGGAAGUCCUGAACGAAGCUGCUAAAGCAUGUGCCCCUGGCGUCACUACAGAUGAGAUCGACCGCGUGGUACAUGAGGCAUGCAUAGAAAGGGAGUGCUAUCCGAGUCCACUUGGGUGGGUACCACAACUUUCCCAAAAGUUGCUG